GACAAUUCCAAAACACACACUCCGAUUUCAUUGCUGCCUACUAUUAUUUUCUUGUCAUUUUCUUUUGUCACGGUUUUGAUUUACUCUUGAGUCUCUCUCAUACCAAAGAGCAUCUUCAUUUUUUCCUCUCUUUUUCUGCAAUAAAUACAGAAGGCUCACGUUUUGCCAAGUGCGCUAUACUCUUUUGCCGUCACCGAUUUAAACAAUAAAUACGCAGUAAUCUUUAGUCGAAUGAAUCUUCGGACAUAUUUCCUCAAAACCCGGCAAGAAAAAAAUCUGAACUUUCUCAGUAAAUCUCCAAGAUAUACAAUCUUCUUCUUCUGCUGUUGUGUCUUCACCGUUUUGGGCUUCUAAUCUUACUUACAAGAGCAAGAAAGCUUUGUCUUUUAGCUUUUUUAGAAGGAAGAUAAAGACAGUAUCUUUCACACUCGUAUGGCUACAAUAAACGAUAUUGGAGUAGCAGCAGCAAUCAAUAUAGUCACAGCAGUUGCUUUCUUAAUAGCUUUUGCAAUACUCAGGAUUCAACCAGUAAACGACAGAGUCUAUUUCCCUAAAUGGUAUCUCAAGGGCUUAAGAACCAGCUCUAUACAAACCGGUGGCUUUGGAAGCAAAUUCAUCAAUUUGGACUUCAGGUCCUACGUUCGAUUCCUCAACUGGAUGCCUGAAGCACUUAAAAUGCCUGAGCCCGAGCUCGUAGAUCACGCAGGACUAGAUUCUGUUGUCUACUUGAGGAUCUACUUACUCGGACUCAAGAUCUUCUUCCCCAUAGCUUGUGUUGCUUUUACAGCAAUGGUGCCUGUUAAUUGGACAAACAAGGGGUUGGAUCGGUUAAAGCACUCUAAUAUAAGUUACAGUGAUAUUGACAAACUAUCUUUAUCAAAUAUACCAAAUGGAUCAGUCAGUAGAUUCUGGGUGCAUCUGUGUAUGGCUUAUGCCAUCACUUUCUGGACAUGCUUCAUGCUCAAAAGAGAGUACCAGAAUAUAGCUUUAAUGAGGCUACAGUUUCUUGCAAAUGACCAAAUGAGACCUAACCAGUACACUGUGCUGGUAAGAAACAUUCCUACAGAUCCUCAUGAAUCAAUCUGUGAACUUGUUGAACAUUUCUUCAAGGUCAACCAUCCAGAUCACUACCUCACUUUCCAGGCAGUCCACGACGCAACCAAACUCUCGGAAUUGGUUCGGACCAGGAAACAAAUGCAGAACCUGCUCGAUUAUACUAACAACAAACACAUGAGAGCGCAAUCUAAAAGGCCAGUAGUUAAGAUGGGAUUUCUUGGCUGUUGCGGUGAAGAAGUUGAUGGAAUCAAGUACUAUACGUCCAUGGUCGAGAGUCUAACGAGAGAAAUAUCUGAGGAGAAACAGAGAUUAAGGACAGGGACAAAGUCGAUAGUGCCUGCAGCUUUUGUGUCUUUCAAGAGCCGUUGGGGAGCAGCGGUUUGUGCUCAAACUCAACAGUCAAGAGACCCAACAGAGUGGCUAACCGAGUGGGCUGCAGAGCCACGUGACAUCUACUAUGACAAUCUUGCAUUGCCAUAUGUCGACCUUAAGAUAAGGAGGAUCAUAGUCGCCGUUGCAUACUUCUUCCUCACCUUCUUCUUCAUGAUCCCAAUAGCAUUUGUACAGUCGCUCGCCAACAUCGAAGGCAUAGAGAAGGCUUUUCCUUUCUUGAAGGCCCUUAUAGAAGUGAAAUUACUAAAGUCGAUCAUCCAAGGCUUCCUUCCUGGGAUCGCUUUGAAGAUUUUCCUCCUUUUCCUCCCAAGAAUAUUGAUGCAAAUGUCCAAAUUCGAAGGCUUUGUCAGCAAUUCCUCAUUAGAAAGAAGAGCCGCAAGUAGAUUCUACAUGUUCCAGUUCAUCAAUGUUUUCCUCGGAAGCAUUAUCACCGGGACUGCGUUUGAACAACUCAACAGCUUCCUUAACCAAUCUGCAAAUGAUAUUCCAAAGACAAUAGGCGUCUCGAUUCCAAUGAAAGCAACCUUCUUUAUAACAUAUAUAAUGGUGGAUGGAUGGGCAGGUGUAGCUGGGGAGAUACUGAGGUUGAAGCCUCUCAUAAUCUACCAUCUCAAGAACUCCUUCCUUGUGAGAACCGAGCAAGAUAGGGAAGAAGCAACAGAUCCUGGAACCAUAGGUUUCAACACUGGCGAGCCUCAGAUACAACUCUACUUCCUUCUUGGUCUCGUUUACGCAGCAGUUAGCCCCAUCCUUCUUCCCUUUAUCAUCAUCUUCUUCGGUCUGGCUUACAUAGUGUACCGUCAUCAGGUUAUAAAUGUGUACAACCAAAAGUAUGAGAGCGCAGGGAAGUUCUGGCCUGACGUUCACAGGCGUGUGGUGACUGCAUUGAUCGUUUCGCAGCUGCUCUUGAUGGGUCUUCUAAGCACAAAACAAGCUCCCAAGUCCACUCCUUUGCUUCUUGUACUUCCUGUGCUGACCAUCGGGUUCCACAUGCACUGCAAAGGCCGGUACCAACCUGCUUUUGUCACAUACCCUCUACAGGAAGCCAUGAUCAAAGAUACACUGGAACGCACACGUGAGCCAAACCUAAACCUAAAGGCUUUCUUUCGAAAUGCCUACGCCCAUCCGGAGUUCAGGGUUGGAGAAAAUCUAGAUGAAGAGAUGGCCGUGGAGAGGCCUGAUAGGACACCGGAUCUAGUGGCUACUAAGCGUGGCUCUUGGAGGAACACUCCUUUACCUAGUAAACAUAGCUGGCCUGAUUCAGUCUGAUGAUAACUUGCCCUGUUCAACCUUUAACAGUGAUUCUUUUAUGUUCUAUGUACAUAGGAACAGUUGUAUUCAAUUCAAGAAAAAAGAAAAGAAAAAAUACCCUUGAAAUAGCAUACGAGACAGGUUAAAAUUGUAUCAUAUAAUUAGGAAAAAAGCAAAAAGAAGAAAGAAAAGAAAAUCGGAAUCUUUACAUGAUUGCUAUGAACCUUCAGGUCAGUGCCAUCUAUGGUUACAUUGAUUUCACUCGAAAAUGGUCUUCCCGUAAGUGUCUAGAAGUGGCUGAAGGGCUUCACGACCAUCAGCACGAGCAAGGACUCGACGGAGUCUGCGUUUAACCCUAUCGUCCGGUGUGAAUUUCCUAUCGAGCAUGCUCUCAAGAAGCGGGACCGCAUCUUCAACCUUGCUCCGUUGAAGGAAACCGGAUAUAAUAGUGUUGAACAUAACAGAAUCAGGUGAACGAUCCUUUGACGCUAAUAACUCAUAGAACAAUGCUCUGGCUUUUGAUAGCAUCUCGUGUUUGCAGAGGGCUUUGAUUAUUAUGUUGUACGUUACGACAUCUGCCACCAAUCCCAUGUUUUGCAUCUCAUCAAAGAGUCUCUUUGCGUCGUCAAGUUUCGCGUUUUUUAUCAGACCGUUGAUGAGAGCAUUGAACUGAUAUAUGUCGGGAGAUUGACCAGACUUUUGUAUCCCAUUGAAGAUUUCUUUGGCGACAUCUGAAUUCCCAGCUUGGCAAGAAGCGUGUAUCAGUGAAGUGUAUGUAUAACUGUUUGGUUUCAGCCCUUCACAUUUCAUGCGUCUUAUAAUCUCAGUGGCUUCUUUUAGUUUCCCAAACUUGCUAUAGCCACGGAUCAUUAUAUUGUACGUAACCGUAUCAGGCACCAAACCCUUGUCCGAGAUCCCAUCGAAAAGUCUCUUUGCAUCAUCUGAUCUCUCACUUUUCAUCAGACCAUCGAUGAGAGCAUUGAACUGGAAUAUGUUUGAAGCAUGACCAGUUGCAUCAAAGAUUUCUUGUGCAAUGUCCCAAUCUCUGGCCUGGACUGCACCAUGUAUCAGUGUCGAGUACGUAGCACUUCUCAGUCUCAUCCCUUCGCGUUCCAUUCGCCUUAUGAGCUCCAUGGCUUCCUUCAUUUUACCAUUCUUGAAAUACCCACUGACCAAACUGCUGUAUGUUACAUCAUCUGGCAACAAGCCCUUGUCCAGGAUUUCAUCAAAUAGCUCUCUUGCUUCAUCUAACUUCUCUUUUCUAAUCAGACCAUCAACGAGAGCACUGUGACUAUGCAUGUCUGGAGAGAAAUCAGACUUGCGUAUUACAUCGACGACUUCUUUGGCAACAACUUCCGUAUCUCCAGCUUUGUUAACAACGUGGAGCAAAGCCGUGCAUGUAUAGCUAUCUGGUUUCAACCCUUUGCAGUUCAUUUCCUUUAUAAGCUCUACGGCUUCCUCAGCUUUCCCAUACUUGCAAUACCCAAUGAUCAUUAUGUUGUAAGUAACGACACUAAGCUCGAUAUCGCCACGCCGCAUCAACUCGAACAGCUUACUCGCGUCUGUAACCCUGCACCCUGUGAACAGACCAUCCAACAGCGAGUUAUAUGUCUUCAAGUCCGGUUCCAGACCUCGGUUAAUCAUCGAGCCAUACACAUCAACCGCUUCAUCCACCUUAUGGACUUUGCAGAGACGAUCAAUCAAAGUGUUGUAAGUGCAAACAUCCGGUGGUAUCCCUUUACUCGUCAUCUCCUUGAUCAUCUCCGCAACAUCGUCCCACAAUCCCGCCUUGCACAACCCGUAAACGAGAGAGUUGUAGACAAACAGAUCAGGAGGGAUCCCUUGAGCUACCAUCUCAUCCAAGUAUCCACGCGCCUCCUUGAACCGCCCGGAGCUACUCAGUCCGUGAAUGACCACUCCGAAAACUAGAACGUUAGGUGAGAUCCCAUCCGCCGUCAUUUCACCGAACACGGUCAUUGCUUCGUCGAUGGAUCCGUCUCUGACAAGGGAGCUGAUUAUAGAACCGUAAGUGAGCACAUUGCUCUUGCAACCACUAGCGAUCAUACUUCUAUGCAAUUCAAGAGACAUGCCUGUUUUGCCUAUCGCACAGAGCUUACUGAGAAGAGUCCCAUAGAGAGAAACAUCACUCUUAAUCCCUCUCUGAGACAUUUUAUCAUACACCUUAAGUGCAUCAAUCACUUUCCCUUGAGAAGACAAACCCAACACCAAAUAAUCAGCUGUGACCAAGUCAGGCUCAAAGCCUCUCUUCAUGAUAUCACUCAGAACGCAAAACCCACAGUCGAUUCUCUCCAAACAGCGAAACGCGUUGAUCAAAAUGUUCGAAGUACACAGAUCAGGAUCAACGCCUCCGUGUUUCAUCCUCUUAUACAUCGAGAUCACUUCCAUGGAUGCCUUACGCUUCAUGACCGAGCCGAACAAGUGAUUAAAAGUGCUAAUCAAAGGCACGGGUCUCGUCUCUAUGAGUUUUUCGAAGUGAAACAGAGCAUCUUCAACGUUUAAUCUACCAGUCUUGCAUUCUCGCCACACCUGAACUUCAAGCUCGCUAUGAACCUGACCGGUGUUUCUAUAUACGUUUUUUUGCAUCCUCGACUGAAAAAGCGAGGAUAGUGACGAGAAAGAGCGACAACAAGUUUUGGCUCCGACGUUCAUCGCCGAUAUCGGAAGAUAAAAGUGGAAGAGCAUUCUUUUCAACUGUCUGAUUACUAAUUUGAAGUGAUUUCUUGUGAAUCUAUGCUAUUUGGUUUGUGAUUUUCGUUCCUUCCAAUUUUAACGUAAUCUGAGCCGCCGCCAUUGUCGUAACCUCCGACUCCCGGCGAAGCUUGAAAUGUACCAGUCUUACUUUAAU